AUGACAAGGUUUGGUGUCUUCCUUCUCCUUUUGCUCUCCGUGGAGACAAUUACCUGUACAUCUAUUUACAAAAUUAGAAAACAAUCAGCCAAUAAGCUUCUGGUCAUCUCUUUUGAUGGAUUUCGCUGGAAUUAUGAUCAAGACGUGGAAACUCCAAACUUGGACUAUGUGGCAGAAAUUGGGGUCAAGGCAAAAUAUGUUAGCCCUCCGUUUGUGACAAUGACUUCUCCGUCUCACUUCACCACCAUCACUGGUCGCUGGAUCGAAGACCAUGGGGUUAUACACAAUCUGAUGUUCAACACUGAAACCCUAGAGAAGAUAUCUUUUAAGGGAACACAGAGAAGGUCUGAGUGGUGGGAUAAUGGCGUGCUACCCCUGUGGAUAACGGCACAAAACCAGGGAUUAAAGACUGGUUCUUUUCACUACCCAGGAGGAGGAGCCAACUACAGUGGCCAAUCGGUGUAUAAAUCUCUAACUGAAGACUACGACCACCCUGACAGCAAUGAGACUGAAUGGAGAGAGAACAUAGAUAUUGUAAUGAAAUGGUUCACUGAUGACGGUUUACAGUUUGUGACCUUGUACUAUGGAGAACCUGACAAAGUCGGACAUAUGUACGGCCCUGAAACAGAACAGAGAAAAGUUAUUAUCAAACAAAUCGACAGAACUCUUGCGUAUCUUCUGGAGGCAAUUGAGAAAAACAACCUGAAAGACAAAUUAAAUGUGAUUAUUACUUCAGACCACGGCAUGACCACAGUAAAAAAAAGUCCUAACGUAGAAGAAAUUAAAUUGGCAAAUUACAUAAACUUUAAAGAUUUGGUAAAAUUUGAUAUUCUGGAUUAUGGCGGCUUUGGAAUGAUUCUUCCUAAAGAAGGGAAAGAGGAGGAGCUAUACCAAGCACUUACAAACACUCAUCCUCAUCUAAAAAUGUACCGCAAGGGUGAAUUCCCUGAGCGUUUUCAUUAUUCUAAACAUAAUCGGAUUUUACCAAUAAUGCUUUAUGGAGACCUUGGAUUUAGUGUGAAUGGGAGGAUAAUUCUGUACGUUAACAAAGGUGACCAUGGUUUUGACAAUGGAGAAAUGGAUAUGAAAAUGAUAUUCCGAGCUUGGGGUCCAGACUUCAAGAAGAAUUACAUUGCAGAACCAUUUGACAGCAUUCAUAUUUAUCCACUGAUGUGUAAGCUUCUGGGGGUGAGCCCUGAACCCCACAACGGCUCAAUAACUUACACACAAGAUAUGAUGGUAACAGCUGCCGAACCAGAUGCUCCAGAAGAGCAGAAAGGACAAAGCAAUAAUGCCAUCCACGUGACAGCUAUAGUGAUGUGUGCGGUGCUGGGCGUCCUUGUGCUGGUAUUUAUUUCCUACGUGCCGUACACAGUUAUAAAGAGAAGGAAAGGGGGCGAAUCCCGCGUAUGGGCAGACACAUGCUAUGAGAAUAAUGAUCCCAUACUCUCCUCCUUGCAAGCUUUCUAUGCGACUAUGGAUGAACUAUAUCAGGACAGUGAUGUCCAACUCACUGCAGAGGCGAAGAUGAGAGCUCUCCGACAAGGCCGCCAUGCAGUAUAA